AUUUGCUGAAGCUUGCAUGGCGUGUGUUGAUUUGAUCAUAACUUCUAUUUAUCUAUCUUCUAUUUAUCGCAACGUGAAAGAACCGCAAUAAAAAUGAGUUCAGGGUUUAUUUCAGAAACUGAAAUCGUAGAAGCAAGACGGCGUCGUCAAGAGGAAUGGGAUAAAGUACGAACAGAAGAUCAACCUCAAGAGGCUCCAGAAGAGCCUUAUGACACAAGGCCACUGUUCCAGCGUUUAGAAGAGCAAAGGCUCAAGAGAGAAGCUGAAUAUGAAGAAGCUCACAAACUCAAAAACAUGAUCAAAGGACUGGAUGAUGAUGAAGUUGGGUUUCUUGAUCUAGUGGAAAGAACUAAAGCUAAAGCUGCCCAACAGAUAUCCCUGGAGGAACAGAAGGAAAUGCAAGAAUUCAGGGAGCGAGUUUCCAACUUAGCAGAGAGUGAAGAGAUGUUGAGACUACGAGCACAAUUAGCACCAACACGCAAUGCUCCGCCUGCUGCUCAAAAUCAAAAGAAUAAGUUGCAAGGGGUGAUUGUAAGGAAGAGGAAGGCAAGUGAAUUGGAUGGCAAUGGAAAAGAUAAAGAAGCUCCCCUAACUAAAAUCAAUGGUGUUGCCAGUGACAGUGAAACUCAAGCAGUUAGCAUCAGCCCACCAGUUAUAAGUGGCAUUGGUGAAGAAUGCGGUGCUUUACGAUGCGUGGGAGUGUUGCCCGGACUCGGCCAUUACGCUACGGACACUUCUAGCGACACCGACGACUCCAGCGACUAUGAAGAGACUGAUAAAUGCUGCAAACGCGAUCUACUUGGCAGGAGGCCUGAACAUUCCGAGGAAAAAUCACAGAAGCAAGAGGCACCCAAGAGUUAGACUAAAAAUUAUAUUAUGAUAACUUAGCAUAGAUGUGUACUCAAUUUUCACCUCUG